AUGGUCUCGAUCAGACCUGAACACAUCGCAUACCCUGCUGAAGGAGGCUGGAGCGACGACAUCAUCCCCGUCGAGAAGCUGCGACGCCUCGGUUUCAACGACACGAUGAUUGACCUGGCCCGGCAUCUUCCGUAUGUCACCAGUCGCAGGCCCGUGUUCCCGUCCACUCAGACCAUCAACUAUUUCCAGAAUGGCUUUCGUGGGCCCGACGAGGAUUAUCAACUCAGAGACCCCAAUCUUGUCGGACUCUGGCCGUUGCCAGAGGAAAGAAUCCCGCAAGGCAUAGUCCCACUCUCCCAACCGCUGGGAGGAGACAGGCUAGGGACGUGGUGGUUACUCGAUACUAAUACAGGUGAGCUCACUGCCCACGACGCCUAUAUCUCGAGACCCGAGGAGGAGAUCCCAGAACACGAGCAAUGGCGCACUGCCAGACCCGUACCCGCCGACGAGUAUUUCGAUGGGUUGUGCGAAGACAUGAUCUCGCUCGAGAUGUUCCCCGUGCCAGGUGAUUCCAGCGGGAGCGAAUGGCAGGUGUGGCAACCGAAGUGGAUGCGUGCUCACUAG